AUGCUUGUGAAUAAGCUUCUGGUGCUCGUGAGCGUUGUUUCUGGCUCCUUAGCCAAGAGCUGCAAAAGCCGGUAUGCUCGGACUCAACCUGCUUCCGAUGCCCUUGUGGUUGACGGCUCCGGUGCAUACUCAGGUAGCUUUAGCACCAUUGGUGAAGCUGUUGCUGCCCUGAAGAACGACACUCUGGAGGAGCAAGUUAUCUUUGUGCUCCCCGGAACCUACAAGGAACAAGUUUAUAUCGCUCCUCUCUCUGGUCCUCUCAAAGUCCAAGGAUACACCUGCGACACACGCUCUUACGUCGACAACCAAGUUACUCUGACCAACAACAUUUCCAGACAGUCCCCCAACAUUACUCGUAAUGACGAGACGGCGACUCUCCGGCUCUGGUCCUCUGGAGUAAAGAUGUACAACAUGAAUGUUGCCAACACAUUUGGAGCUGCGGCCACCAGCGGUCAAGCCCUCGCUCUGAGUGCUCAACAAACAGACCUGGGCUUCUACGGAUGCAGCUUUGAGGGUUGGCAGGACACCAUCUAUGCCAACGAAGGACGACAGAUUUACGCCAACACCUUUAUCAACGGUGCUGUCGACUUCAUCUUUGGACUCAGAGCCGCUGCCUGGUUUGAGAACUGUGAUAUUGAAACCCUGGGAGACGGCUACAUCACGGCCAACGGACGGGACGCAGAAAACAACACUUCUUUCUACGUCUUCAACAAAUGCGACGUUUCAGGAACGAGUGGCGAAGCGUCGACCUACCUAGGGAGGCCAUGGAGACCCUACUCGCGGGUCGUGUUCCAGAAAAGCUCCCUCGGAGACGUGGUUCACCCCGAGGGAUGGUCGAGGUGGGAUAGCACACAAAGCGUGGACAACAUUGUCUACGGCGAGUAUAAGAACAAGGGUGUUGGGUCUGAAGGCGUCAGGGCAAACUUCAGCAGCGAGCUAACUGCUCCAAUUAAGAUCACGGAGCUUAUGGGGGCCAGCUUCACGAAGGAGUGGUGGGUUGAUGCUACAUAUCUUUAG